CACAGUCUACCUGCAUGUGUCCUUCACCUGGAGCCGCUGAAAUAUGAUGAGGAUAUUAUUUCUCUCUGGGCACCUUUCUACGCAGGGGAGAAGCGACAGAGCUGAGCUGAGAGCACGUUUCUUCACACAGGGUUCCGACUUGGCUCCAAACAGAAGAUAGCAGCAGCAGCUCCAAGAGACAACAGGGUUUUUCAAUGCAUCAUCGUUCCAGUAUGUGGUAAUCUUCUCAGCCAUACCAGAAAGAUAGUGAACAACACUUGAGCGGCUAACCAACAAACCUGCACCUGCACCAACUGCUCACAUGGCCCACCCUUACGAGCCCUGGUUACGGACAGCCCCACCUAGUGGCAACUCAGAAGACAUGAACAUCCCCUCGUGGUGGGACCUCCACAGGGACGUCCAACCAGGGAGCUGGAUAGACCUGCAGACAGGCCAGGGUGUAGGUUUGCCUUCAGUGAGCCCAGGGAGUUCCAUGGGGCUGCAGCCAUCUUUAGGGCCCUACGGCUCUGACCCACAGCUGUGCACCCUGCCUUCAGCUCAACACGCUCCAGCCUCACACUCGCCUCACCUCUUCCCCCAGGAUGGCUUCAAAAUGGAGCCACUGGCCCCUGAAAUGCUGCAGCAAGAUCCAUUUUCUCUUGAGGAACCGCAGGAGACCUCUGUUUCUGUCCGUCCCAAGCCCCCACGCCGCUCCUCUUCCAGAGGCGCUGGUCAGGCCGCGUGUCGCUGCCCUAACUGCGUCCAUGCUGAGCAGCUGGGCCAGAGCCCUGAUGACAGCAGAAGGAAGCACAUGCACAACUGCCACAUCCCCGGCUGCGGCAAAGCGUAUGCUAAGACCUCCCACUUGAAGGCGCACCUACGAUGGCACAGCGGAGACCGGCCAUUUGUCUGCAACUGGCUCUUCUGUGGCAAGAGAUUCACACGCUCUGAUGAACUGCAGCGCCACCUGCAGACGCACACGGGAGCCAAGAAGUUCAGCUGUGCAUUAUGCCCCAGAGUCUUUAUGCGCAACGACCACCUGGCCAAGCACAUGCGCACACACGAGUCCCCGCCAGGACAUGGGGAGGAGAGGGUAAAUGGCGAUGGCAGGAUGGAUAAGGGCUUUGAUGCAUCCACUCCCCCCCAGACAUCCUCAAACGUGUCUGUGUCCGACACCACAGAGCCUCCGAUGAAGCUGAAAUGUGAGACAGACCCCUCAGUCUCUAGUGUGACAGGGCAGUCCAGCUAAUUUCAUCUUUCAUCAAAGGUUCACCAUCAGUUCUGUCACACCUCUGUCAUAAGAGGUGUCAUAGUUUCACAAUAGAAUAGAGAAAAGAAGACAUGUUUGGACUUUUACUAAUGCAAGCUGGAUGGAAAUACACGUCUGCUGUCCCGUGAGUUUAUCAACUGGGCCACCUCAGUGAACAUAAAUGUUAUAACACACAGAGAAAGCAUGAGUUUUACCAGUGGAUCAAAGUUUCCGCUGUGUUUACUUAAGGUGAAAUGUGGCCGAGCAGGCAACCGAGCAGAAGCUGCCACUUGCUGCUUGACGUUCAUUGCUGCUAGAGCUACAGUCCAACUGAAGGUGGCUUGUUAACUUGUUUACAAUGAAAUCAAUCACAGAGAAAGUAGACAGCGACAAUAUUUUCUAUUUGUCUCAGACUGUCGCCGUGUGAGUGCAGCCUACUGUGCAAUUUGUUAUGAGACACUGGAAUAUAAUAACAGCUUCUUCAAAAUUUUAAAAGGUCAAUAGGCAUUUGCAUGCUCGACAGUACAUGCCACUGAACUGGGUGUGUGUCUGCUGGUAUUUAAGUAAUUAAAAUGAAAUGGUACAUAAACAGAAUGAAAGAACAAACAACAAUUCUGAGCUGUGACAGUGUCCACAAUGAAAAACUAAUGUGAUGUGAUCCUAAUAUAAUAUAAUAUAACAUAAUAUCACAUAAUAUCAUAUAGUAUCAUAUCAUAUAAUAUAAAUCAUAUAAUAAACAUGUGUUCGGGUUACCAGAUAGACUGAACAAAGCAAACAAACCAUUAAGUAGUGGUCCCAACAGCUGGAGAUGGCGCCUCCGCUCCUGUUGGGUAAGAACAAGAAGAUUGAGUCGGGCAUGGGGAGAAAACGUUGCCUGGCUAAAUGAAUCCUGGUUUCUGUUGGGACAUGCUGAUAUAAACACAAUUCCACAGAUCCACCCUGUCAACACAUCAAGCUGCUGGUGUUGAAUGAAACUUCCAGCACAAAGCAGAACUUCAUUACAUCAUGGGUACGGGGACGUACCCUCAUCCAGUGGCCUAUGCAGUCCCAAGGUUUAAAGCUGCACUUAUUAAUAUAUGUUUAAACAAACGGAUCAAAUGACUGUGUAAUGUGAAAGAUUAUCAUCUGACUGCAGCUCCUCUCAGUGGCACUUUUAUCAUAUUUGAGCAGCCACAAUUUUACUGCUGCUGGUUCGGUCUCGCUGCUUUCAUCCGCCCUGUGUCCUGCAGCAAGCUACUGGAUUCAGUAAAAAUGGUGAAGCCACCACCAGCCACCAGCCAAACAGUAGACAGACAAGGUGGUGGACAGGAUGGAGUAUACUGUACAGCAGCUAAAGAGCAGAAGAACAAAUUCAAAGCUCCAUGUCAGUGCUAUUGUUGCUCUGAAUCUGCUGCACGUGCCAUUUGGCAACUGUUUGCCAUUACAGUUUCAUGUGGUGAAAAUAUGUCAGUGUUGUGUUUACAACCUGUUCCGCUGCCCUGAAGUGGCAAAAAGAAUAGAUUCUAUUUUGGUCUCAUAAAUAUGCAACAGAAAAUCUUAAAGGACCCAACCUGUGGGAAGCAAGGUGUUGUUCUACUAAUACUAUCUUCCAAACAUCAUCACCAUCAUAAUUAUUUGCAUGUCGGAUCAAGCUAUAAUCCCAAUCUCUCGACACAUUUUAUUAACAGAUGUUGGUCUGCCUGAAGCUGCCAGUUUUUCAUGCUCAACACAACACAAAUCAUUUUACAAGAUGCUUUGUUGUAAUAUGACAAACCAUUUAUUCGAUCAACAGAGAGAGACUGUGAUGUUAGCAGUCGAGGAUGAAAUACAAGGGAAUUGAACGACACGCAGCCGAAUCUGUUUAGGUAGGCUAAUUUCUUCUGGCUAGUUAACCCUCAUAAUCAGUACUGUAUGAUCAAUAGUUCUGUAGCAAGCAGUGUGAGCAGCUUUACACUUUAAGACACUAUUAGGAUGUAUGUAAACAAAUACACACAUUAGGCUGAGAUUUCUACAUUAGCGUGCCUUCAUUAUUGGAGGCUCAAUGUUGCUGUAUGUAUGUAUAGAUGAUAAGAUGAGGAAGCUAGUGCUUAAACAUCAGUCAAUUAUUUCAUAUUGACUAUUAUCAUUAUGUUUGUUGAUGUGAUUAUAGAUAGGCUCAUGAUAUUUUCUUUUAUUAUGUUCAGUAGGACAAAAUGUACCACCUUUUUUGAAUUGGUUGCUGUAGUAAAUGUUUUAGUUGUGGAAACUCUUAUAAAAUAAGUUUAAAAACUUUUAUUAAGUUAAGCAUCAUGGUGUAAUAACUUGUAUUUAAUCUAUUAUUGUCCUUUAUUAAAUAAAAAACUAUAUUCUG